AACGUGCGUCCUCGCGCUUCUUCAGGUGAGCUCGCGGCUGGCAGCAGGAUGGCGUCUGGACGGCGCGUGGACGCAGCGGAGCGGGGAGGAGCCUCUGAGGAGGCGGAGGGAGCCGUGGCCCCGCGGGACGGCGGGCUCCGCGCGCUGCUCCGCGGCCUCGUCUGGCCGUUCGGGCUCGUGGUUCGAGUCUGCUCCAGAGCCUGGCAGCUGCUCGGCUUCCAGGAACCGCACGCGGUCACCUCGGCUUCCGGCCCCCCGCGUCCCAGCCGUCGGAAGCGCCUGCACCGUGUCACGCGCGCGCUGCUGUCCGUGCUGCCCCGGUGGGUCCAGAGCGCUCUGGGGUUCCCGGGACCCGCCAGCAUCGGGGUCUCCCUGUCCCCAGAAAUCCGGAGUUCUCCCACCAAACCUCACGGGAAAGGCAGCAAGCGCAAACAGGACGACCUGGAUGACGAGGAGGAGGAGGAGCAUCCGUCCUGGGUGGAAACGCUGAGCCAGGAGCUGGCAGACGACGACGGCCCGGCUGAAGAUCCGGACUAUGAGCCCAGCUCCGUGGAGACGGACACGGAGGAGUACGCCUCCCACAACAACACGGAGAGCGACCUGGAGGCCCCAGGAGGAGGUGUGCUGAUCCGGGACGUCCAGACGACACGCCCACUCUGUAACCGACCUGGACUCGUUCUACUCGGAGCUGCUUUGUUUUCAUACUUUGAUGGAAAUCUUGCUGGAAUUGAAGUCUUUUAGAUGAGAGUUCUGAUGAUGCUCUGCUGUUCACUGGACCAUGAAUGAGUCGGAUCAACUCAGAUCUUCUGAGGGGGGGGUCAGCUGCCCAGCCAAUCGAAACCCUCCAGGUGGAGCUGACACAG